CGUGCUGAACGGUACGGUGUUUACGCGACGGCAGGGUAUCCGAUUAACGGCCGUGGCCGGUGUGGCUCGGCUUCGCAUUGGGAGAAUGUUGAUACGACGGCCACGCGCGCGGUGGUGAUUCACGGCGAGAGACGUGACGAGCCGCACGCGAUAAUGCGUGCCGUAGUGGCCGAGUGACCGACGGACGCGGCAUGGCGGGCGCGGACGAGGCCCACGUAAUCAGGUGUGCGUACGGCUGUCAGGACACCACCUGCAACGUCACCGCCGGCGACGAGGCCGCGAGUCGAGCCGUGCGGAGCUACCGGCCGCACGGCAGCCUCGCCAGGGUGCUCUACGACAAACGGAAAGCGGACGAGUGGCUGGCGGCGUACGACAAGCGCAAGUGGUACAGGGUAGACAAAAGCAAGAUCAGAGAAGAUCUGCUGGAUUUGUGGGUGCCGCUCGGUACCGGUCCCAACGCCGACCAGCCCGACAAAGCCGCCGAAAUUUUCCUCGUGAGAUCCGCGGAGAGAUCCGACUCGCUGCCCCUGCAGGCUUGGCAUUCGUUAGCCAGGUCGGCGUUAUCCUGGUUCAUCAGUCGAACGUCCAUAAACGGACUUCUGGGCCGUGGUUCCAUGCACGUGUUCUCUAGCGAGCAAUUUCAAAAGCUAAUGGACGCGAGCGGCUUUACAGGUCCCUGGCAUUCCUUGGUGGACCUCGGGGCAGGUGAUGGCGCAACCACCGCCCACGUGGCGCAUCUCUUCGAAAAGGUGUACGCCACGGAUAUCUCACCCCCCAUGAGGUGGGCUCUGGCGAAGAGAAAAUUCACAGUACUCGACGUGGAGAGGUGGCAUCAGGAAGCUGGUCCUUACAAUGUCAUCCUCUGCCUGAACCUCCUCGAUCGUUGUGACCGUCCAAACACUCUAUUGAGGCUUCUGAGAACCUCACUGGCUCCCGGUGGCAGACUAAUCGUCGCCUUGGUGCUGCCGUUCAGCCCCUAUGUCGAAGUCGGCGAAAGAAAUAAUCACAAACCGUCAGAGUACCUACCAGUGCGAGGAAGUGGGCUCGAGAUUCAGAUAGUCAGUCUGAUCGACCGGGUCUUCGCUCCGGUGGGACUGCGAUGCCUCGUCUGGAGCAAACUACCGUACCUUUGCGAAGGUGAUCUAGGACAGUCGUACUACUUCCUGGACGACGUAAUCUUCGUGCUGGAGGCGCAGCCAGUUAAUACACGAUCCUGCGAGUUCGCGAUAAACGACGGUGUUUCGCUAAAGAGGAAUUUUUAAGGCUUCAAAAGCCAAGCGGGCUAUGUACAGUGUAUUUAUGGGAAUAACUAAUGGGGGCCAGAGAGAAAAAGAAAGAAGAUGAUACCAGGCGUGUCUUUCACACUUGUAAAAACUUUAAUAAUUGCUGUCAUGAGUUAGAAUUAUGCGAGAAUACAGAAGAGCAAUACUGGCAAGCGACGACGAGCUUAAUGUGCAGACACAGCGGUUAGCGUUUGGUGUACGAAUAUCGAUUAGCGAUCCGAGUUAAAAAGGGAACGACGGAUCGACAACGGUGCGCAUUUUACAAUCAUUUAUCAUCUUACUGUCGAAUUCGGUGCGGAAACAUGUACACGGUCUCUAUGGUAUAGAUAUGGCGCGAGAGUAACGAGAUUCGGAAACGAAAUCUGUACUUAUCCUUUUUCUAUCUUUUCCUGAUGUGCUCGACUUCGUUCGAGAGAACGCGUACCUUUAGAAUCAAAUCUUAUCUUGCUCUAAUUAUCUAAACUAGUAGAAAUUAACGGACGGCAAAGGAGAAUAUUAAACUAACGCACAUUAAGGCAACAGUUGCAGCCAUUGCAGUGAUAAAACUGCAAAACGAAUAAUGGGAAACGAAACAUUUUUAAACUUUAACGAUAAUUAAUCUAGAACAUAAAAUAGAUAACAACAUUAUCGUUGAUAAUAAAAUACAGCGAAUAUAAUAAAGAAACUUACUGCAAUGCUGCGACUUUUGCUUAAAAAAAAAAAAAUAAAUAAAUAAACGCACAAACUCCUCGUCACAUCGUCAAACAAUUGCGCUAUCGUGUUUAAAUCAUCAAUAAGAUAAGAUUUAUCUCAGACGCAAUUCCUAACAUAUUACGUAUUUCGAAUUUCUAUUUCAGUAUAUUCGAUCAACUCCCUUUCUCGUCAGACUCUGUUUCCGCGCUCCCUUUUCUCUAUUUGGCAUAAGUUGCAACGACUUAGUCAUGGAUAUGCUUAAAAUUGCGUUGAUCACACGGAUCGACCGAUCGAGAUACAAACGACGUUACGUUUGCAUUUUUUUAAUAAUACGUAAUAUU